UUUUAGUAAUAUCGAGCGGACUUGGUUCAAAUAAUCAGUUGUAAUUGUAAAGUUCAAUGUCGUCAAUGGACGCCGAACCACCGGAAAGUUUCCCAGGAAAUAGUGACAAAUCGGUGGAUCAUUCUCAUGAUGAGCCACAAGCUGUGGGCUUUUCACAUGCAAGUUCAGUCAUAACUGACACAGUGACAAAUGGUGAGAAAACCGUGGAGCAAAAACAGAAAGGUGGAUGUGCGCAAAUUUUAAACAGCGAACAUGGAGAUAAUCAGCAUACCAUUUCUGAGGCUUCUUCGGAACAAAGGACCGAAGGGUCUGCAGAAAAUGUAGGUGAUGAGGAGGCGUGUAAGGACGCAACUGAAGAUCGAAGAAUUGAGCUGAAAGAAGGAUCAAGCGAAAACACUAGUGAAGCACUCGAAUCGGAAAAACAUGACAGCGUUGCGGCUUCAGCUGGCUCAUCUCCUCCACCAAGCAGUGCUGCUCCUGACGAACUGCACAUGGAUACAGAUACGAAGAGCAAUUCGGAAGAAGGCGAUAAUAAGGAGUCGAGUGGGGUCAAAAAUGACUCUGGUAAAGUUGAUGGUUCGAAGACUGAUGGUGAUGGCGAUGACAAAACGGAUACCGAGGAAGGAGAAAGCGAAACGCAGAAAAAGGAAAAGAUGGAUGAAGAUAAGGCAAUUGACAUUACUGAUAAAAAAGACGAAGGAAGUGCGAAACGUAUCUUGCCGAAAUGGAUGGUGCAGGAUGCAGAUGCUCCUCCAAGCCCAAAAGAGGAGACGGAUGAAAAAGAUAUGGCUGUAGCUGUCACAGAAAAUGAACCAGCUAGUGGUGUUCGAGGACGAGGACGUGGUAGGAAAGGGCGUGAUACGACACGAGUAGUGGCUAAACCUCAUAAUGAAACUGCUGCCGAACAGCCGCAACCAGAAUCAUUGGCAUCCGGUCGCCCUCGUCGGUCGACACGGUCAAAUGUAGAUUACGCUCAUCCAGAUGUAGCAACUGUAGUUGCUGAGCAAGAAGACUUGGAAAAUGAGUUUCAGCUUCAACAAAAAGUUAGUCGAAGUCGUGGUAGGGGCCGCGGUCGAGGUCGAAGCGGACGUUCUGGUGGACGUAAGCGAACGGCAGCUGAUAGCGAUGAUGGGGAAGAUAGCGAUUCAGAAUAUGGUAGCAACAGAAAGCGGAAACGCGCAGGGAGUAGUGGUUCGCGGGGCCGAGGACGAGGUAGAGGUCGUGGGAGACCGUCUCGAAAUUUGGGGAAAAAGAUCAACAAAGAUGAGAGUGAUGAUGACGAUGAGGAGAUGGAUUUAUCGGAUAAUGAUGCCGGUGGUUCAACUGGCUCUGGUGAAGAAUCCUACAAGCCUGCUCCUUCGAAGCGACGCGCUGCCGCUUAUGCAACCGAAGCUCACUCACCCAAGACCCCACCUAAAAAACGUGGUCGUGCUAAAAUGCAUUAAGCAGAGGAGGCGGAUGAAUGAAGAGAAGUUGAUAAGUUGAUUGCCAUUAUUAUUUUAUGUGGGAUUACAUGACAUUGUUGAACUCGUUACAGGUCAAUUCUUCAUUUUGCGAAUGUUUUCGUUUUGUGUAUAGUUCAUUAUGAAUUUUUGUUAUUUUCAUUUUUUAAGUGACUGAUAGGGCGCAGAGUAUAUCACACCACGAUUUCCAGUCAUAUUUCGUAAGCUUCAUUCUCUAAGCUCGUUGCUUCACUUUUGAAAUCUAAUGUAAUGGCUACAGGAUAUAAUUCCACUGCUGUUUUCCUGGGGUGAGAUAACUAUUAUCAUCAGGUUCAUUGUCCCGUAAGACUUUAUUUUUGGUUCUCUUUGCUAUCAGUGGAGUUAUGGUAGCAUUAAGCUGCCAAUUGCAAGGCGACGUUUACUGGAUUGGAUUAAACUGUGGAAUGCCUUCCGCUGUAAUAGUACGCUUGGCUCUGUUUUUACUAUAUUAAGUGACGUAGUAGUUUUUCAUAAAGUUUUAUUUUCCAAAUUUUUGUCAAAGAUUUAUACUGAACUGAAAAAAAAAAUUGUUGAAAGAGAUCACGAGACAUGCACACUAGGGCAAGAAUGAUUUUUGCAACAAUAUGGCGGAAUACAGUUCGUUUUAAGAGUAUUAUGAGUUUUUCAGUAGAUUUACGUAGCGAGGUUUAACACCACAGAUAAGUAUGAUGGGUAUUCUCAAAAAUGGAUUUCUAAUGUUUUGUAGUUUGGAAUUAACGGUGCAUGGUUAUUUUCAACAUAUAUUCAUGACAAAUGGACUGAUUGAUUGUGUGAAGCAUACCUGAGGAGAAUAUAUGAUUAUUCGAUAUCUUUAACCAUCGUAAAAUCAUGCCAUGUUAGUGGGGAGGAAAAGACCGGGCGGUAGUGUUAGUCGGCCUUUUUUCUUAUUCGCAUAACACAAAAUGUUAUGUAGCUGUUGCCACCCUUUAUCCAUCAUCGUUACCAACAAAGUUCCUUCUUUUUCGAAUGUUUAUCUACCUCUAUGCGGAAAGCAGUUGUAAUUUAAGUGAUGCGUGCAUGUUUGUCUGUUUUAAUAAUGUCUUUUCCUCCCCUCUUUCUCUUCGUAGUCUACUUUUCUUAGGACCCCUUCUUUCUCUUUCCAAUCAUCCUUUAGAAUAUAUGCCGUAGAACUUCUUUAUAAAAAAUUUUGCUGUAUAUAAAAUAUCAUUUGUAAUUGUUUUGUUUCAGUGUUGUUUGGAACUAAUUUUUCAUUGAUGUAUCUUUAAAUUUCAACUUCUCUUCGUCACCCUUUUGUGUCCUAUUACUGCUUCUUUUGUUGGAUUAUACUUUGUAGGGAAAAUUUGGUGGUCAGGAAAGGAAUAAGUUUUGACAUUUGUUUCUACUAUGCUGUGUCCGUUUUAUUACUUUGUUAUUUGUGAGUUUUCUUCCUGGCUGUUAUUGGCGCAUUCUAAAGUGUAGAUGAUUUUCCAUUCGCAGUUAGUUUUCCGUUACAGAAACAAUUUUCUAAGCCAGUACUUACGCAUUUCCUCCGUUCGUUAUUAUUUCAUAAAGACAAGGAGAAGUGACAUUAUUCAUUGUUAACAGCGUGAUUUCUGUGUUUACGAUUGCAGGAAUGUGGCUUAUACGUUGGCGACAUAUGUUUUAGUCGCAGAAUUACAGAGAUUUAUUUCUUGAUAGCAAAAAAGCAAAGAAAUUUUCUAUAAAUAGGAGUUUUUGUUUCAAUUUCUGUGGGCAGAACUUGUUUAUCCAGAAAUAAUUGUUCUCCAAAUUUUAUACCUAAAUGUAGAAUGAGGGAUGAUGUGUUGUGUGCAUCGGC